UUGAAUUAACACGAUCCAGUUAAUUGCUCAGAUUUUGUUUAUUCUUUUCUUUAACCAAUCGAAUCUUUAAACAUUCCAUUUGAUUCAUUUAAUUGUUCUGUUCACUAUCCAUCAUUAACAUCGAUGUAUCAGAUUCGUUUCUAUGGGAACGAAUUCUCUUGGACAACAAAUCACGAAAUUCUCGAAUAUUUUCAAAGCGAAAAGUUGAUUGUGAUUAGAUGAAUUAAUUUUUAAUCUUCAAUUCCAAUCGAUUCAAUUGAUUGUUCGAUACUUUAUUAUAUUCAAAAAGAAAAUUGUGUUGUUACUAUGAUUCUGUGUCUAGGUUUACCCAAUUCAGGAAAAACACUCUUACUUCGAUCAUUAUCAUGUUAUCCUGAUAAAAUUGAGAAAUUCGAAACAGUUUCAACAGUUGGAAUUAAUUUGGUCAAUUUGAAUUGUUCUCUAAAUGAAUCAAUCACAAUUAGGGAAAUCGGUGGUUCUAUGGAACCGAUUUGGGAAAAUUAUCUCAAUUCCAAUGUAACUCACAUAUUAUUCACAAUUGAUGUUUCUAAUCCAGUUGAAAUUGGAUCAAAUGUAAUCACGUUGAUUAAUUUGUUCAAUUCGUUAUCGGUUAAAUUGUGUCAACCUCGUUUAUUGCUGGUUCUUACUAAAUUAGAUUCCAUUGGAACAAUUAAAUUAGAUGAGACAAUUUCUGGUCUACUUGUUGAUGAUUUAAUUUCGUUACAUUCAUUGAACAAUUCAAUUGAAAUAAUCGGAACCAGCGCAAUUACCGGUCAAGGAUUAGAUGAUAUUAUCAAGUGGUUGUCGAGUUGAUUAAAAAAUCUUAAGUGUCUCCAAGCUAAUUGAACAAUUAACUUACUAUCAUCAUCAAUGAACAAAAAAAUAAUUGAGUUCAUGUUAAUUAAUCAGAUUGAUAACAAAUCGCUUUUCACUUCAUCAAGAAAAUUGUAACCAAUUAAUUGGUUAAUCAAUUGUUUAGAUAAAAAUUGCCAUUGCCAACACAAAAUCAUAAUAAUCAUCAUUUUAAUUAAUUGUAAGUACUAAUUGUUAUCAUUAUCAAUCAAGUUAAUUUAAUAUCUUCUUUUGAUUGUUCCAAUAAUUUUAAUCUAACUGUUAUUAAUACAUUGAGGGUCACAUGUUGAUU